CCAUGUAAUACAUAAUGCUAGCAAUAAUCUGAGUCUAGUAGAAAAGGGGUUGGUCCCUCCUCCGCCUUCAAAAUUUCUUGGACCCAAUAUAUUAACGACAUGCUCUGGUCUGCUCUGUGCACAGUUCAGUCAAGGGGGUGUGUAAUCAACGUGGUAUGAAAUAGAAGGAGGGCAUCUUCAAGACUCGUCAUCACCACCCACCAACCAACAAGAGUGCCCCGUCCAUGGCCACCUCGUCCCACCCCAUCCUCCUCCUCCUCCUCCUCCUCUUCGUUCUCGCGGCCGCCGUCGUGUCCCCGGCCGCCGCCACCGACCACAUUGUCGGCGCCAACCGCGGAUGGAACCCGGGGAUCAACUACACCCUCUGGGCCAACAACCACACCUUCUACGUCGGCGACCUCAUCUCGUUUAGGUACCAGAAGAACCAGUACAACGUGUUCAAAGUGAACCGGACAGGCUACGACAACUGCACGACGGAAGGAGCCACCGGCAACUGGAGCAGCGGCAAGGAUUUCAUCCUGCUCGACAAGGCCAAGCGGUACUACUUCAUCUGCGGGAACGGGCAGUGCUUCAACGGCAUGAAGGUCUCUGUCCUCGUCCACCCCCUGCCCCCUCCGCCGUCCGCCUCCGUCGCCGCCGGCAAUUCGUCCUCCGCCUCCGCCGAUCGCUGGGUUCUCGGAAACGGGUCCCUGGGUUCUCGGGUUCUUGUUGCUCUGGUGGGGUCGGUUUGGAUAGGGAUAGGAUCUGGUUGGUUCUUCUAGGUGGAUAUAGCUGUUGCUCUCUCUCUCUCUCUGUCUCUGUCUGUCUGGGUCUUGUCAUGUAUGCUGGGAAGUUUAUGACUGCUUGGUUCUAUUUUCGUUUUGGUUAAACGAGGGUUAUCAUUUCCGGAAUUGGAGCUUGCCCUGCUAAUUUGCCCACUCAGCUGGCUAUGAAUUAGAAAUAGGCUUUAGCUAUUGUUGUCCAUGAAAUUUAGUCGAUCCAUUGCAGAACAAGUAAGGCUUAUUCUUGCAA